UUCCCUCGGUGGACACGCUCAAAGAAAGAGCCAUGGCGAAAGCAACAGGGGUCCGGCAUGCCACACCCAGGCGAUGGGCCUGCUCUUUAGCUGCACUGUCACUGCUGUGCCUGGCAGUCCAAGCAGUCCAGAAAGCAGAGCUUGGUGGGGAUUCUACGGUGGCCACCAUCAACCACUCCCUUUCAUUGCUGCAGCAAUUACAAGAACUCCUGCACAACGGGAAUGCCAGCGACACUACCCUGCGGGUGCGAACAACUGGCUCCGAUGAAAUCAAAGUCUUCCACACCCACCAGCUGAUGCUCAGCUUGCAAAGUGAGAUCUUCGAGAGCCUCCUCCACAACCAAACAAUGUUGACCCUGCACGAGUCACCUGACAGUGCUGCCCUUUUUGAAAAGUUCAUCAGGUAUCUGUACUGCGGCGAGAUCUCCAUCCUCCUCCACCAAGCCAUCCCUCUUCACCGACUCGCUAGCAAAUAUCGUGUCUCCAGCUUACAGCGUGGCGUAGCUGAAUAUAUGAAGAAUCACUUGGCCAUCGAGUCAAACCAGGGCCACGUGGUGAGCUGGUAUCACUAUGCAGUGCGGAUUGGAGAUGAGGCUUUGCAGGAGAGCUGCCUCCAGUUCCUGGCCUGGAAUCUCUCCGCUGUGAUGGGCACUGCCGAAUGGGCCUCAGUGAGCGUAGAGCUGCUGCUGCUGUUGCUUGAACGCUCUGACCUGGUCCUUCAAAGUGAACUGGAAUUGUACACCGCUGUGGAGGAAUGGGUGGCGAAGCAUCAGCCCGAGAGCUCAGUAGUGGAAAAGAUGCUGAGAUCUAUGCGCUACCCUAUGAUCUCCCCCAGUCAUCUCUUUCACCUGCAGAAGCAAUCUUUGGUGAUGGUGAAGCACUACAACGCUGUGCAGGACCUGCUCUUCCAGGCUUUCCAGUUCCACUCUGCCUCCCCCAUCCACUUUGCCAAGUACUUUGAUGUCAACUGCAGCAUGUUCCUGCCUCGCAACUACCUCUCCACCUCUUGGGGCUCCCAAUGGGUCAUUAAUAACCCAGCUCGGGAUGACCGCAGCACUAGUUUCCAGACUCAGCUGGGACCCAGCAAUCAUGACUCUUCCAAGCGGGUGACUUGGAACGUCCUGUUCUCCCCACGGUGGCUCCCUGUCAGCUUGCGUCCUGUCUACUCCGAUUCCGUCUCGGGAGCCAUUCAGUCCAUCAGAAUUGAGGACGGACGCCCUCGGCUGGUCAUCACUCCAGCCACAACCAGCUCGGACUUUGCUGGGGUCAGUUUCCAGAAGACCAUCUUAGUGGGAGUGAAGCAGCAGGGCAAAGUCUUUGUCAAACAUGCCUACAGCUUCCAUCAGAGCACAGAUGAAGUGCCCGACUUCCUGAUGCACGCCGACUUGCAGAAGCGCACUUCUGAAUACCUCAUUGAUAAUUCUCUGCACCUGCAUAUCAUCAUUAAGCCUGUCUACCAUUCGCUGAUCAAGGUGAAGAAGUAGGAAAAAGUGGGAAGCCAAGGGACAGCAGGGCAAGGCAUGGGGUGAGCUCUGCUAUUUUGCAUUGAAGAACGGUGACUCAACCACCAUACACUGCAAAAAGUUUGACACAUAAUCUGUAUUUUGCAAUUUAUGGAUGCCAGAAUGACUUUCUGUGAUAAGCCCACAGUGCUCCACAAUAACACCUGUUCUGGCAAAUCUGGAAUUUUUAGUUUUUUUAGAUAGAGGGGAAAUGAAGGGAGUGUGGGAAAUUCUUUGGACAUUUCAGUUGCUUAUGUUUAGAUCCCGUCCAUCUUCCUUCAAGUUACUCAGGUAGAAUUGGAGGAUCUCUGUGGUGCUUUGAAUUAGGAUAUUCUCAAAGGUACACCAAUAGCGACAGCUUUGUCUCUUACCUACCUAGAACCUGAUAUGUUCUCCAUGUUUUAACUUGCAUGUCUGUGGUAUUGUGUGAAAUUGACCGAUACAGGCAAAGAAUGAAGCACUUCGGUAGAACAAAAAAAAGAGGUCUCUUUAUGCUGUCCUCAUUUGUCCUAGAUAUGUCAGCAUUCUGGUUUGUUUGAUUCCAACUCAAGGGAUCCAUGGGGUGUGCGUGCAGACUAGGCUAGGGUGGAGAGAGAAACCCAAUCUCCAGCUGUCUCCUGCGAAGUCCAGACAGGGUAGCUUAAAGGAUAAAAGGCAUUUGAGCUCAUAGCUUGGUUUGGUUUGCCUUCAUUAGGGGCGUAUAUUUGCUUGAUACUAUUUAGCCAUAAUAAAUUUACCACCAGCAGAAAAAAAGUGUGAAGCGACCCCCAUUAUGAGAAGUGGAAAUAAGCAUGAAAAUAACAUGAGAGGAGAAUAAAUGACUUAUGCUCCUAGCCAGGGCAACCCAUCCCACCCUCUGGACACCUAUCAUGUCCAGAACCCACCCCCAAUAAAAACCUGCUGUUCACAA